AUGGUAUUGCAAGAACAAACAGUUACUUCACCUGGUCAAAUUUUUGAGGUGGGAUUCUUUAGUCCUAAUAAUUCCCAGAACCAAUACGUGGGAAUAUGGAACAAGCAUUUCUCUCCCCGUUGGGUUGUUUGGGUGGCCAACAGAGAGAAGCCAGUUUCAAACUCCUUGGCAAGUUUGAAAUCCGGCAGCGAUGGAAACCUGAGGCUUGUGGAUGGGAAACAAGAAACUAUCUGGUCAACCAGUAUUACUCGCCCAUCAUCAAAUUCAAAUGUGUCUUUGGGCUUACUUUCAGAUAAUGGAGUGUUCAGCUUGAAGGACAAUGCAUGGCAAUCAUUGUGUGAAAGCAGGGGUAUAAGCAUGAUAGACGAAGCAUUGGCCGAGUCAUUUUCCUCAUCAGAAGUGACUAGAUGCGUAAAUAUUGGACUUCUUUGUGUUCAAGAUCAUGCUGCUGAUAGGCCAACCAUGCAUGCUAUAGUUUCCAUGUUAAGUGGUGAAGGAAAUCUUCCCACCCAAAACAACCUACAUUUACAUCUCAAAGCAUUUUGCAGUGCCAAGUUCAAUUAG